AUGACUAUCACAGACUGGCAACAAAAAGUCCAAGCUAAACAAACUCAAGCGGCUUCCAAAAUCCCCGCAGAAUGGCGAUUGUCCGCCAACAUUCUGCAACAUACAUCGGCGAGCAAGCAGAGUAUCAUCGAUGUGCCUAGAACAUGCGGUCUACUCACUGAGAGAGAACUUCAUAUAACUGAGGACUACGAUGCCACCGCUUUACUGGCAGAACUAGCUACUGGAAAUGUCAAUUCGGUAGAUGUCACCCGGGCAUUCUGCAAGCGUGCCGCGAUAGCUCAACAACUCACGUCCUGCUUGACGGAGACGUUCUUCGAUGUCGCACUGUCUCGUGCUAAACAGCUCGAUGACCAUUUGGCCACUACCGGUAAGCCCAUGGGUCCGCUGCAUGGUCUACCCAUCAGUAUCAAGGAACCGUUCAACGUCGUCGAUAUACCUACGUCUCUGGGCUUUGUUUCCUUCCUGGAUAAUCCGCCUGCACGCAGAAAUUCGGCCAUGGUAGAGAUACUACUGGCCGCUGGCGCUGUGCUAUAUGUCAAAACCAACGUUCCUCAGACCAUGAUGACAGCCGAUUCAGAAAAUAACGUGUUCGGGCGCGUCUUGAACCCGCACCGGCUCAAUCUGACUGCUGGCGGGAGCAGCGGGGGCGAAGGUGCCCUGGUAGCUAUGCGCGGGUCCAUUCUGGGAAUAGGCACUGAUGUCGCAGGAUCGAUUCGGAUUCCCUCGCUGUGCUGUGGUACUUUUGGCUUUAAGCCCUCCGCUGGUCGCGUGCCGUAUGGUGGACAAACUAGCCCCGGACGCGAUGGGUUGGCGGGCAUUGAGGCAGUCGCGGGACCCCUGUGUCAUUCUACCCGGGACGCAGAGUUACUUCUCCGGACAGUGUUCAAUGCCCAUGCUGACGACUUCGAUGAUACGGCACUUGGCGUGCCCUGGAUCGAGCCAGUGAGCACUUCGUCUACUCUCACCAUCGGGGUUCUCCCCGAAGACUCCCAGGUUCCUCUUCAUCCUCCCAUGAAGCGUACGCUGGAAACAGCAGUGCAGAAACUAGAAGCAGCUGGGCAUCGCAUUGUGGAUCUCUCCGGCAAAGUUCCAUCCCUGUCGGCCGUCGGUGAUCUUUCUUUACGCUACUUCCGCUUGGACCCGGAUAACACGCCCUUGAAGCAUAUUGCCAACGGACAGGAACCCAAGAUCGCCUCACUAAAGACCACCUAUAAGCCCGAGGGCAGCGAUCCCGAGCCGACAUUGCGUGAUUUGUAUGACAUCAAUGUGGCUCGGAGUAAGAUAAUGGAACAAAUGCGUCGGGUGUUCCUAGAUAAUCAGUUGGAUACGAUCAUUGGGCCUGGGUAUCAGACGUGUGCGGUGCCACAUGACACGUAUGGGUUCCCGGUAUACACGGUGCUUGCUAAUGUGCUUGAUUACCCUGCUUAUAUCAUUCCGCUUGGCAAGGCGAAUGAGGCAGCGGAUGCUGAGUUUAUCAGAGAUGUCGCCUAUGUUCCUCCUUAUCUACCAAAGGAAGUUGAGAAUGCCCCCUGCCAUGUGCAGCUCAUCGGCCGCCGAUUGAAGGAUGAGAAGUUGAUGCGACAUGCGGAGGUGGUGCAGGGCGUAUUGGCUAAGGAUUCUGAUUAG